UUGCUGAGACACUAAGGCCCCUCCAGGUUCCUCAGAGCGCCUGCUUCCCUCCCAAUGUCACAGCAGUCACUCCAUCAACCCAAUUAUGUCAGGACUGCAGCAACCCGGAAGAGAAGGGGUCAGGCACUUCGCAGGCCAUGCCAGACACUGGCCUCUCGCUUAGAGAUGCCAUAGACAGUAUGGUGGCUACUCUGGUGCGGUUCCUGCUCCUGAAGUACCGUGCAAGGGAGCCGACCACAAAGGCGGAAAUGCUGAGCAUCAUCACCAAACAGCACCAGGACCACUUCCCUGAGAUCUUCAGCAAAGCCUCUGAGUGCCUGCAGCUGAUCUUGGGCAUUGAUAUGAAGGAAGUGGACUCCAUCAACCACACCUAUAUCCUGGUCAACACCUUGGGCCUCACCUACAAUGGGACAUUGAGUGAUGAGCACAGCAUGCCCAAGGCCGGCCUCUUGAUAAGUGUUCUGGGUGUGAUCUUCAUUCAUGGCAACUGUGUCUCUGAGGAGGACGUCUGGGAAGCGCUGAGUGUCAUGGGAGUGUAUCCUGGGAGGGAGCACUUCAUCUAUGGGGAGCCCAGAAAUCUCAUCACCAAGGUUUGGGUGCAGGAACAGUACCUUGAGUACCGGCAGAUUCCUAAUAGUGUUCCUGCAUGCUACGAGUUCCUGUGGGGUCUCAGGGCCUACAGUGAAACCAGCAAGAUGAAAAUCCUGGAGCUUUUGGCCAAGGUCAAUAAUACCAUCCCCGAGGCCUUUCCUAUCUUGUAUGAGGAGGUCCUGAAAGAUGAGGAAGAGAUCGCAAGCCAGGGUUGUUGUCAAGGUCAACGAGGUGGCCAGGGCCUAUUGUACUGCCACCUUCAACACCUUCUCUUGCCUUGA